UCACCCUCAUCCACUGACGUGCUUCCCGCAUACCCUGGCAGGUGCCCGUGUCCAUGGCAAUGAUGACCCCCCAGAUGAUCACACCCCAGCAGAUGCAGCAGAUCCUGUCCCCCCCGCAGCUGCAAGCCCUGCUCCAGCAGCAGCAGGCUCUCAUGCUCCAGCAGCUGCAGGAGUACUACAAGAAGCAACAGGAGCAGCUGCACCUCCAGCUUCUCACACAGCAACAGCAAGCAGGAAAGCAGGCCAAAGAGCAGCUGGGGAACAAACAGCUGGCCUUCCAGCAGCAGCUGAUCCAGAUGCAGCAGCUACAGCAGCAGCACCUUCUCAACCUGCAGAGGCAGGGCCUGGUGAGCCUGCAGCCGGGACAGGGGGCCGUGGCCAUGCCAGCCCUGCAGCAAGCCAUGUGCCCUGCUGACUUGCAGCAGCUUUGGAAGGAUGUGGCAGGCGUGCAGAGCACGGAGGACGCCAUGAAGCACGAGGGCCUCGACCUGAGCACCACCAGCUCCAACUCUACCUCAUACUCGGCCUCCAAGGUCUCACCUCAGAUCACCCACCACUCUCUGCCAAAUGGACAGAGCUCCAUUCACACUCCAAAGAGGGACAGAGCACGACUCUUUGAGUGGAUCUCGUCGUUCUCCAAGGCCGAGCCCGCCGAUGACCAUCUUGCGCCUCACUCAAAGGGAGGGUACCUGCAGAACACGCACUCAUCCCACGAAGAGCACACGGCUACCCACCCCCUCUACGGGCAUGGAGAAUGCAAGUGGCCUGGGUGUGAGGCUCUCUGUGAGGACAUGGGACAGUUCAUCAAGCACCUGAACAGCGAGCACGCCCUGGACGACCGCAGCACAGCACAGUGCCGGGUGCAGAUGCAGGUGGUUCAGCAGCUGGAGAUUCAGCUGGCCAAGGAGAGCGAGCGUCUGCAGGCCAUGAUGACACACCUGCACAUGCGCCCAUCGGAGCCAAAGCCUUUUAGCCAGCCGCUAAACCUGGCUUCCAGCGCCUCCAUCCUGAAGCGUGAGAGCGAUGCUUACCCUGAGGGCUUACCUCACCCGCCCACAUCGGCGGCGGCCCCCAUCACACCGCUGCGCCAGGGCCCCUCCGUCAUCAGCUCCUCUGGCCUGCACGGAGUCGGGCCCAUCCGCCGCCGCAACUCCGACAAGUUCUGCACCCCAAUCGCCUCAGAGCUUGCGCAGAAUUGCGAGUUCUACAAAAAUGCAGACGUCAGGCCCCCCUUCACCUACGCCUCGCUCAUACGACACGCCAUUCUGGAAGCCCCAGACAGGCAGCUGACGCUCAAUGAGAUCUACAACUGGUUCACGCGGAUGUUCGCAUACUUCAGGAGAAACACGGCGACGUGGAAGAACGCUGUCCGCCAUAACCUGAGCCUGCAUAAGUGCUUUGUGCGGGUAGAGAAUGUGAAAGGUGCCGUCUGGACCGUGGACGAAGUCGAGUACCAAAAGAGGAGACCACCAAAGAUGACCGGAAGCCCCACUCUGGUGAAGAAUAUGAUUUCGGGACUGGGAUUCGGAUCCCUCAACGCCAGUUACCAGGCGGCCCUGGCGGAGAGCAGCCUCAGCCUGCUGAACAGCCCCACCAUGGUGAAUACCUCCACUGGUGGCAGCCUCAACAUGAUGCACGUGGGUCAUGAUGACGUCAGCAGCACCGUGGAGCAAGUCAAUAGCAACGGCAGCUGCAGCCCUGGCCUUUCCCCGCAACAGUAUGGCCACCAGGUUCAUGUGAAGGAGGAGCCAGCAGAGAUGGAGGAGGAUAGCCGACCUGUGUCCCUCAUGGCGAAAGUCAGCCAGAACCUUGUGUUGCCGGGUGAUGAGCGGGAGAUAGAAGAGGACCUUCCGACUGAAGACCUGGAGUGAAGGGGCGGGGCCUGGAGCCAAGGGGUGGAGCCUGGAGCCAGGGGGCAUUGUGCAGUGACCCUCUUCCCCCUCCUGUAAAGCAAACGUUCCACGAAAAAAUAGAAAAACACAAGAGGAAACCAGUAUUGACACAAAACGCAAGAAAAACAAACAGGGUUAGACCUCACAUCUGCUCACCACCGUAAGUCUGCAAGUCUUUGGACCGUGCACAACACGCAAAAAAACGAAACAACGCACUGAAACAUCAUUUUCGUCGUCUUUUGCAUCGCUCUCUUUCUAUCCUAUAAGCGUUUGUGUCUGUGUUGUGUUUUUAUAUACACACACAGCUUUCGGUUGUCCCCCCCACUUCCCCUGGCAUUAAAUGACUCCCCUGUUAAAGUGCCCUCCCCCAAUCCGCGAUCGACACUGAUACCGUGAGCGACUCUGGGCCGCCAGUCCACGUACUGCUGUGGGGUAUUUGUCAAUGCAAGCAAACACACCAAAAUGCAUGUACAUAGUUUUGGAGUAAUUUUGGGAGGUAACUACCUCUUCUCACCAAUCGCGAGGGUCGUUUUCAGUCGGAAAAUGCCGCUUGGUGGCGGCGGGGAGGGGCAGCAGUGUCUUUAAAGAUUACCUCAGAUAUAUGUUAACUAAACGAAAAUCACUGAUCAGUAUCUGCAGCUGAGUUAUUCCCUCGAUUACUCCUGGUGUUUUUGUAUUAUUAUUACUACCGUUUGUUUUUAGAUUUAAUUUCGAGGGGACUGCUGCACAGCGCCGAGGUGCGGAUUCGGUAGCCGUGAAGCACUUCGGGUGGCGCGCAGAAAAACUUCCGGGAGAGAUGGCAGUGGCGCCUCUCGCUAAAGCUUCGGUUUCGUCCCCUUUUCUGUUUUUUUGUUUUUUUUUUGUCCUCGCAGGACUGGAAUGGCGGGCAGUUUGAAUUGUUCAUUCCCGUCACGGGGCAAUGUUGACCUUCGUAAUUCAGAAAAUGACUGCUUGUGACAUAGAAAAAAAAAAUACCCCGUAGAGCCCUUUUCGAGAGCUGUUUCUGUCAGAAUCGGAAAUCAUGACGUGUCAAGUAUUUUUUUUCCCUUAACAAUAACGGUGAAAAACGUUGUUUCCAAUACAAUAAUUAAGGGAAAACGCAUAAUUGAUUUCCUGCUUCGGUUUUUUUUUUUUAAGUAUUACUGGCAAGAUUUAUUUUUAAACAGGAAAACUGUUUGAAAUAGAAGUCCAUGUGUUUGAGACAAAAUUGUAGGUGGUGAUAAUGUGUACGCUAGGUAUUUUUAUUUUUAUUUUAUUUCCGAGGACCAGCUUUUUAAUGGUGGCAUGUCUGACUACAAGGCUUUUCUUUUUUUGGGGGGGGGGGGGGGUGCGGUAUUAUCUGCUAUAUAUGUUCUCACCAUUUCAGACUGGGCAAUUUGUGAUGUGCAGAUGUCUCCUGUUCAUUAUGGCUAAGUCACCUUUCUGAAUAUUGCCAGGUUUCAUCCUUUCUGUGUGGCAGAUUACUGAGAUUAGCACUUAACAUCUAAGGACGGGGCAGGAGGCACGGUCACACUGGGGUCCGCUCACUAAGGAGGGAAGAACAUUUUCGCCUGAACAUGAAGCGUGACCAUGAGCUCCAGAUCCUUAUCUUAUCGCCUGCUUGGCAAUAAAGGAUGUAAAGUUUUGUUACCAAGAAUUGACUCCAUCUAAACCCUUAAGAAUCCACCCCUACUGCAUACAGUAAUUGCUGUCAGUUUCAUUUUCUGCGUGACAUUAGCUGCAAUACGAAGCGUUGCUUUAAAAACGAAAUAUAUAUGUGUGUAUAUAUAUAUAUAUAUAUAUAUAUAAACUUGCAGUCACAGAAUACCUCAUUCCAUGAAGAUCCCACCUGAACAACGGUAUCCAUUAAAGAAAAAAUCAUCUAGAGAAUUUUCGACGUGGAUAAUUGGCGCUGCAUCCCUUGAUAUCAGUUAUACACGUUCCACGCAUUUUAGAUGUAUGAAGCUCCUUGCAGUUCACUGUGUGAGUUGACUUUCUUGAAAUGGCACCUAAGAACUUAGUUUUAUUUAAUUUUUGUCAUUGAGCACAACGGCAUCUCCUCCCCUUUCCUACAGUGCCAUACCAAAUUUAACAAAUAACUUUAUGUAUUUUUUCCCAUUUUGCUUUUGUUACAGGUUACCAAAGAAACGUGUAGUAAACCAAAAACCCUUAUGUUUUUCUUUCUUCCUUCCAAAAAAAAAAAACAAACAAUGCUGGCCAAAUGAAUACAGAUCUGUAAUUUAAAUUAUUGUUAUUCUUUUAAGUUUAAUGAUUUCAUUAUCUUACAGUACAGAGCAUUCCAAAAACCAAAGUAAUACCACGAAGAAAACUGAGAAUUGGGUUGCUUGAAAGCUUUGAAAAUGUCCGUCAUCUGGGGUGAAGAAUCCAUCAUGCGUACAGAAAAAGGGCCAGAAACCUACAGUAUUAAAGUACAAACCUGCGGUUCGUUAGUAAGAAGAAAGCACUUACCCCUUGUCUCAGGCUACACCAGUGUUGAAAACACAACCCUAAAAAGCUUCUUGGUAGACGAUUGCAAAGAAUUAUUUUACCCUUUUAAGGCACUUGAACAUGAUCGUAAUAUUGCCUGUAUGUGAGAGUGACACUCGGACAGUAAUAUUACCUGUAGUGAAACUCUGAGUCAGUGUUCGUUGUGAUGUUGCAGUUCUCGACCCCCAUGCUCCCCCAGCCUCAGUAUACAUACACUUAGGUGGACUGAAUAACAGAUAUAAUACCAAAAAUAGAAAAAACAGGUAUUCCAGGCACAUAAUGAAACCACUCCACCGAUAUAUAUAAUGCAGCUUUAGAGUUACGUUUGUAGGCCAUAGUUGUAAAUUGGACGUACCUUGAAAUGGACUGUUUUUGUUUGUUUCAUUUUUUGUCUUUUUUUGGUGCUGCCGGUGUUCCUGAAAUGCCAAUAUCAUCCCUAUCGGUAGCGGGAUGAUGCCAGGAACGAGCAGAAUACCACUAGCAUUGCUGCGGGUCGAAAAGGCGGGGGCUGUCAGAGUGAUGUCCUGCAGACUCGUACCAACACUUCCGCGACAUACAGGAAGGACUUUCCUGAAGACUUGCACACAUGGACAAAGAGUGUGUGUGUUUAUAUACUGCUUUGAAGAAAGAGGUCAGAUUCCUGUUAAGCCGGAGGGGAGGGGGGGGGGGGGGGUCGUUUCCCCAGGAAAAUCAGUGCCCGUAACAGUCAUUCUGUAUGCGUUUGUGUUUUUAUUUUUUUGCCCAAGGAUUAAACUUUCAAAUUUCUCAAUGUCGAAGGAGUAUUUUUACAGCAUUCAAAUGGCUAAAUAUAUCCAAAAAUCUAUCUGGUAAACAUGACAGCUUUGCAGGUUAUAGCCAAGGUUUUAGGAAACGAGGCAAAGACCAAAAACACUACCUCCUCCAAAAAUGGUUCACCCCGUAGACGGCCAGUGCUGAAUGUCCACAUGGAAUAAAUGUGUCCUUUUUCUUUAUUAAUAAUAACUGAAUAUACCAAAAUACAGUUUACUUUAGCAACAGGACAGACUGGCACAUUUGCCCGGCUACCUGUUCUCCAAAUUCAUGAGUACGGACAGAAAAUAACAUAUUACGUUGAAAAAGAUGACUACCUCUCCCAAACACUGAGAUGUAUUAAGCAUGAGCAUGAGUGAUCAGCGUAUCUGUAAGGUUUACAGAGGAUACAUACUCACCAUCUUGAAGCAAUCCUAUCAUAUUCUCUAUAAACAGGCCCUCAAUACGGAGGCUUAACUGUGCGCUGUGAUUCCACGUGCAUGAUAGAGUCCACGAUCACGCCAUGCCAGUGAGUGCAGUUGGGAUGACUGGGCAAUAGGGGGCGCUCAAGAGGGCAGUCAGUGGGGUGUCGGAGCCGACGACGGGCACGACUCAUUAUUGCGGGUGCUUUUGGGCCAAAUACAAACGUGUGCUUUUAAGGUAACAACCAGUUCUGUCCAAGCGCUGUGGGGGAUGUAUUUCCUUAUUCUUGCACCAUCCCAGAGAAUGUGGGAAAAUGGCGGCAGGCGUCUAGAGAGCUUCAGCUGUCGCUCGCACCGGGAACACGCGGCCGUCCCUUUUGAGGGGCCACGUCACUGACGACAGGAAGUUGUCUUUAGGAGGCAGGACCACUGAAUUUAUGGGGGAGGGGGGUUAACAAGAUAUCCAAAGAGUAGAGCAGAGCUUGUUGACUCACUAUGCCCACAACAAGGACAAAAAGUGUAUAAAGUAAUCUUUCACAGUAAAGGGACAGCUGCAUUUCAAAAGAAAAAAAAAAAACACAAAAAAAUAAUGUCGGUUGUGUGUUAAGGUACACCUGUAAACAGAGUCCUUUUCUAAGAUGUAGAUUGACAUCGGUUGAUGAUAUUAGCGGAUCUUUGAAACAAUUAUUUUACUUUCCAGCCUUGAUGUUAUGAUGUAUUGUAUAUUACCGCUUGGUUUAACUCUCCAGGGCAUUUUUUCCAUUCUUUAUUUUUUAAUUUUCUUGUUUUUUUUUCUCCCUGCACCUGUUUAGCUGUUGUAAAGCUUUGAGCUCAGAAUGCCUAUACUGUAUCGCUUAUGCUAAAGUGUAUGUAUUUAUCAUACUAAGUGCUGCAGGUAUCAUGGUUAAAUAGUUUUUUUUUUUUUUUUUUUCUCUUCUAUUUUU